CCAGGUGGCUUCAUUUCGUGAUGAUGGUAGAAACAGGACCCGAACAUCUUCCCUCUCUCAGUCGGUGACGUCAUUCGGAGCCUCACUUUACCGCCAGCUGACAUCCGGGAACUUGGACAACCUCAUCUUCUCUCCUUUCAGUGUCUUCGUGGCUCUUGCAAUGACUUUGUUAGGAGCCAACGGCAACUCAAAGCGAGAACUCAUGACAGUUCUGUCCGUGGGGCCGCAGCAAUGUGUUCAUCAGACACUGCACAAUGCCAUUGCCUCGCUUCCGACUGGUCUUGACCCUGAGACCAACCUGACCUUACGUGUUGCCAACGCCGCGUACUACAACCCGUCCCGGAUCACGGUGUUACCUGGAUUCUCACGGAACAUCCAGAGGCUCUACGGGAGAGCACUGAAGCCUUUCGAAGAUCCAAACCCCGAGGCCGCCAUUAACUCUUGGGUGGAGGAAGUGACGGAUGGAAUGAUCCAGAACUUCCUGCCACCUGGUCACAUCAACUCCGACACCUCCCUCAUGCUGCUCAAUGCAGUCUUCUUUGAGGGGUUCUGGGAAAACGAGUUCUCCACAGGUGAAUCUGACUUUACCACGGCGACAGGAACUGUGGUGCGAGUUCCCAUGAUGCAGCGGCUAGAUGGUUCUAUCAGUUUUAAAAACAUCCAGGCUUUGAACGCACAGGUGAUUGAGCUGCCUUACAAGGGAGACAGAUUCAGCCUCUUUGUGAUCAUGCCCAACACCUGGGAUGGUUUGAUGAACCUGGAGAGACGCCUGGACGGUCAGAUGCUAAACAGAAUACUGAACGAGAUGCCCCCAACUGUUAGUGCCCAGCUCUUUCUGCCAAAAUUUCGUCUGAGUACCGGGAAGCAACUCAAUGACCAUCUGAAGGCCAUGGGUCUGAGGACUGCGUUCUCGCGGAGAGCGGACUUCCGGCGAGUGUCGCUUCGUCCCCUUUACAUCAGCAAAGUUAUUCACAAGGCUAUCAUAGAGGUGACUGAGACUGGCAGCAGGGCGGCAGCUGUGACAUCAGUCAUACUCCUCGCCGCGGCAAUUCCUCCGAUCACUGUCCAUGUGAACAAGCCCUUCGUGUUCAUCCUGCGAGAUAAGACUUCAGGGCUCAACCUCUUCAUGGGCAGAGUUACCGACCCUUCACAGGAGUAACGUCCCGUAGACAUCAUCGUGAAUCCCCCGUUAUCUCGACCUUUCGUGAAAUAAUCUUCACUAUUACCUUCUGUAGAUUUAUUGAUAUUAUAUACAUAUGUAAUGUAACACUACGUCAUAGUACUUUUUACAUAUGAUGUAUCAAUACAUCUUAUAUUAGUAUGUAAUAAUAACAAACAUUUGUAAAACUUUUCUUUCUAAAAAAAAAUCUUUUUUUUAAGUUUGUAAUUUUGAAUUUAAUAAUGGUCAAGGAACCUGAGUGGUAAAGACUGACUGACUUUUGUUGAUUUGAUGAUAUGGCUUGAUAGUUUUAAUAUAUUCAGCAUGUAACGCACUACUUUUUGUAAACUUUGAUGUUGCUGUACUUGAUGCACCCUACACAGAUAAUAAAUUACUUU